AUGGCGCCGCGCAGCCCGUGGACGAAGCAGCUGCUGCGAGAGCACCACGCGGCGGUCGUUACAGCGCGGAGGCUGGAGGUCUUUAAGCAGAACGCGGAGACUGGAAGAGUCUCAUUCGAGAGGACGCAGCAGGCACGUGGGAAGGUGGUGCGGGAAGGCAAGCGAGUGGGGGAGCACAAGGUGGCAGUGGCGGGGAAGCGGAAGCGCGACGGUGCUUCUGCCGAUGGCGACUGCCAUGGCGGUCCCACCACGUCCAAGGAUGCCGCAGAGACAGGACGCUUUAGUGGCAGUGGCAAGUCAAGGCGUCUCACAGCAGCUGGCCGUCCUUCAGAGAUCACCGCUUCACCCAGUCAGUCCGCUACGAGCCGGAGUUGCCCCGAGGGACGUGAGGCCCUGCUGGAGCCUCAGCUUCGCUGUCUCAGCAGCCGUGGCACCGCCCGUGCAAGUAGCACCUCUCCCCGGCCCAGCUGGGCGGCAUACUUCCACGCCAAGCUCUCUCAAGGGCUGCCCCUGCCCCCGCCACUGCUUCACUCGCAAGAUCUGUCCCUCCCUUUGCCUCUGGUGUUCUCAAGGCCGUUUGAGUCGCCUGAUUCGGUCAGUUACAGUGGCGAAUGUGGAGCGGUGGGUGGGAGGCAGUUGGCAGAGGCGUGUGCUGGAGCACCGUCAGCGUCGGUCUCACCGUAUGCGCGCCUGGCUGCUGAGUAUGUCGUCCCUGACUUGAACCUGCCGGCUGCUGCUGAUGAUGCCAGUGAUCACGCCAGCAGCGGCGCUGGUGAUGGUGAUGAUCGUGGUGGUGUUGGUGGUGGUGAUGCUGGUGGUGCUGACCUAACAGCAUUCACUGAUUGUGGACGUGUUCAGUCCGCAUGUGAAAGCGAUGGGCUGGAUGGUCGCAUCUGCAACUUGUCAUCAGCGUAUGGGUUGGUCGCAUUGCAGGCGCGUUCGUGUGAAUCCAGGGGCGCUGACUUGAGCAGCAACAGCAGCAAGUCGACUGGUUCACAGUACAUUCAGAUGCAGCAGCAGGAUCAAAAGGAGCUAAGGAAACACCUUAUCAAGGAGAUUUUGAUUCACAAGACAAGGGCUGCUUCUCUUUUUUUUUCUGUAACAGAAUGA